AUGAGAAAGUUAUUGAAAAAUAUCAGUUAUUUGCUUAUGUACUCAUUUAAAAUUGAAAUAAUAAUAAUAAUAAUAAUAAUAAUAAUAAUAAUAAUAAUUUUUGUUUUUUUAGCAAAGAAUUUCAUAAAAUGUAAAAAAUCGGAUUCAGAUUUUGGUAAAUGCAUACAAGGUGCUGUGCAAGAUGCAUUUAAAAAAAUGAGAACAGAUGGAAUUCCAAGUUUAGGUGUUUUGCCUCUGGAACCUUUAGUCGUUAACGAUAUUAAAAUAGAUCCAGGAUCAGAUGGACCGGUUACUCUUAAAUUACAUUUUAUGAAUUUAAAAAUGUAUGGAAUUCCCGAUUCUAAUUUUAUCGAAUACAACGUAAAUUUAAACGAAAGAAAAUUAAUGACGACGGCUUUAACGUCAAAAUUAUGGUUCGAAGCUGAUUAUAAAGCCGAUGGUAAAGUUCUUUUACUUCCGGUUAAAGGUUCUGGAAAAUGUAAUGUCACCUUGUUCGAUUUGAAAACGGAUGCAGAAUUACAAUUUAAACCGGAAGUUAAACGUAAAGAAACUUAUUGGAUUAUACAAAGUUUUAAAAACAAAUUCAAUCCUCAAAAGGCAACAGUUUAUUUCGAAGGACUUUUAGGAGAUCAACGUUUGAGCUUGGGAAUAAAUAAAUUUUUAAACGAUAAUUGGAAAGUUGUUUUCGACGAAUUGGGACCAUCUUUCGAAGAUGCUUUCGGUGCCGUUUUUAAAGAAUUGACACACAGAGUUUUCAGCAGAGUACCCAUCGAUAAAAUAUUUUUAGAAUAA